ACCUGUCCAUUAGUAGAAGAGCAUGAGAACCUUGGAUGUCAACGCCUAACAGACUCUUGAGACCAGCCACCAAACCACAAAAAGCGACUUUCUUCUUGCCUGGCCCUUACAUCUCUCCCAAUGGAUGCAGAGACAGGGAGCAGCGUGGAGAGUGGGAAGACGGCCAACAGAGGCACUCGAAUCGCCCUGGCCGUGUUCGUUGGUGGCACCCUGGUGCUGGGCACGGUCCUCUUUCUAGUGAGUCAAGGUUUCUUAAGCCUCCAAGCUAAGCCGGAGUACUGCCUGAAGCCAGAAUGCAUCGAAGCUGCUGCUUCCAUCUUGAGUAAAGUAAAUCUGUCUGUGGACCCUUGUGAUAAUUUCUUCCGGUUUGCUUGUGAUGGCUGGAUAAACAGUAAUCCAAUUCCUGAAGAUAUGCCAAGCUAUGGGAUUUAUCCUUGGCUGAGACGUAAUGUCGACCUCAAGUUGAAGGCACUUUUGGAGAAAUCAGUCAGUAGAAGGCGGGACACCGAAGCCAUACAGAAAGCCAAAAUCCUUUAUUCAUCUUGCAUGAAUGAGAAAGCAAUCGAAAAAGCGGAUGCCAAGCCGUUGUUACACAUCCUGCGGCACUCACCUUUCCGCUGGCCUGUGCUCGAAUCUAAUAUCGGUCCUGAAGGGGUUUGGUCAGAGAGAAAGUUCAGCCUUCUUCAGACACUUGCGACGUUUCGUGGCCAGUACAGCAAUUCUGUGUUCAUUCGUUUGUAUGUGUCCUCUGAUGACAAGGUGUCCAACGAACACGUCUUGAAGCUGGACCAAGCAGCGCUCUCCCUAGCCGUGAGGGAAGACUACCUUGAUAAUAGCACAGAAGCCAAGUCUUAUCGGGAUGCCCUUUACAAGUUCAUGGUGGAUACUGCCGUGCUUUUGGGAGCUAAUAGCUCCCGAGCAGAGCAUGACAUGAAGUCGGUGCUUAGGUUGGAAAUUAAGAUAGCUGAGAUAAUGAUUCCACAUGAAAACCGAACCAGUGAGGCCAUGUACAACAAAAUGAACAUUUCCCAACUGAGUGCUAUGAUUCCCCAGUUUGACUGGCUGGACUUCAUCAAGAAGGUCAUCGAUGUCAGACUCUACCCCGAACUGAAAGACAUUGGCCCCUCAGAGAAUGUGGUGGUCCGUGUCCCUCAGUACUUCAAGGAUUUGUUUAGGAUAUUAGGCUCUGAGAGGAAGAAGACAGUUGCCAACUAUUUGGUGUGGAGGAUGGUUUAUUCCAGAAUUCCAAACCUAAGCAGGCGCUUUCAGUAUAGGUGGCUGGAAUUCUCACGGGUAAUCCAGGGUACCACAACUUUGUUGCCUCAGUGGGACAAAUGUGUCAACUUUAUUGAAAGUACCCUCCCUUAUGUUGUUGGAAAAAUGUUUGUGGAUGUACACUUCCAGGAAGACAAGAAGGAGGUGAUGGAGGAAUUGAUUGAGGGUGUUCGAUGGGCCUUUACUGACAUGCUGGAGAAAGAAAAUGAGUGGAUGGAUGCAGGGACAAAAAGGAAAGCCAAAGAAAAGGCAAGAGCUGUUUUGGCAAAAGUUGGCUAUCCUGAAUUUAUAAUGAAUGAUACUCAUGUUAAUGAAGACCUCAAGGCAAUCAAGUUUUCAGAAUCUGACUACUUCGGCAACGUCCUGCAAACCCGCAAGUAUUUAGCACAGACUGAUUUCUUCUGGCUGAGAAAAGCUGUUCCAAAAACAGAGUGGUUUACGAAUCCAACGACAGUCAAUGCCUUCUACAGUGCAUCCACCAACCAGAUCCGAUUUCCAGCAGGAGAGCUCCAGAAGCCUUUCUUUUGGGGAACAGAAUAUCCUCGAUCUCUGAGUUAUGGCGCUAUAGGAGUAAUUGUUGGACAUGAAUUUACACAUGGAUUUGAUAAUAAUGGUAGAAAAUAUGAUAAAAAUGGAAACCUGGAUCCUUGGUGGUCUGUUGACUCAGAAGAAAAGUUUAAGGAAAAAACAAAGUGCAUGAUUAGCCAGUAUAGCAACUAUUAUUGGAAGAAAGCUGGCUUAAAUGUGAAGGGGAAGAGGACCCUGGGAGAAAAUAUUGCCGAUAAUGGAGGUCUGCGACAAGCUUUUAGGGCUUACAGGAAAUGGAUAAAUGACCAGAGGCAGGGGGUUGAGGAGCCUCUCCUACCCGGCAUUGAAUUCACGAACAACCAGCUUUUCUUCCUGAGUUAUGCUCAAGUGAGGUGCAAUUCCUACAGACCAGAAGCUGCCCGAGAACAAAUCCAAGUUGGUGCUCACAGCCCCCCUCAGUUUAGGGUCAAUGGUGCAGUUAGCAACUUUGAAGAAUUCCAGAAGGCUUUUAACUGUCCAUCCAAUUCCACGAUGAACAGAGGCACGGACUCCUGCCGACUCUGGUAGCUGGACUGUUGGUUUAUGCCAUCCUGAGAGAGUUGUGCCGUGCUCAUCACCUACUGCUUUAGGCCUGUGUUCCCCUGAGGAUGUUUAUUUUUGAUGCAUCUUCAUUACUUGGGUAUUGCUUAGAUCUAAACAGUAUCUAUUCAGAGUUGUAAGGCUUAAAAAAAUGGAAUAUAAAAAAUCGAAUCAAGUAUGUUUCUUUAGAAAACCAAACCAACAAAAAUAAGUCCCUAGGCUGCUUUUGUUAAAAUGCUGUCUGCUGAAUUGUUGCUGUUGUCCAUUUUAGUGUGUAAGCCAGAGUUAAGUGGUACGUAUCAUUUUAAUCUACAGCUUUGCAGGGGCCCUAAGUAGAACGUAUCCAGAAGAAAAUUCAGCCUAUUACACUUGCAACCCUCAGUGAUGUGGACAUGUGCGAGGAUACCCGGGAGGUCUUUCUGCACUGUGGAGCGCACUGUGAGAUUUCACACAUCGUCAUUACGUAGCAUUGAUUAACUCUAAGGUAGUUAGAUUAGAAAUAUGUUGAAUCCUCAUUUUACAAUAUUUGAUGAAGUUCUUGCCUUCAGCUUUGGAGUCUCUUGGCAUGGAAACAUGCCUCACGGCUUGUAUCUGGUGUAGCUUAUUGCCCUGUUCAAGUCAGCAUGAGCAAAGCUGGCAGAAAGGCUGCUUGGUAAAGGUUUGAGUUCAUCAAAUAGACAGACAAGGUUGUAUCUGUAAGUCCCAGAAGAAGCCAAAAUGCCUAGUCACGCAACAGCGGGGACACUAAGAAAUGACAUCUCCAAAAUUUGAUCUAGUCUGCCCACACCUUGGCGAUUAUGUCGUCUGCUGGAUACUUCUCUUCAGUCCAAUUCCUGGUGGUCUUGUUAUCCUCAUAUAUGUGCAUUCUCCUGUUUCUGAAAUGAGUAGGCAUCAAGAAAAUGAUUUUCUAAUUCCCCAUUAGGAAUGUAUGGCUUUCCUUCCCCUUUAGUGCAAAGGGACAAACCCCACAUUGAGGAGGGCGCGAAGUGGCUCGGUUCAAGUUACCUCUCUUUUAAAAAACCUUUUUGAAAAAUUUCUUGAUUAAAGACAUUUUAGAAUCUGUUGAUGGAAUUGAAAACUCCCUUCAUAGUCCAAAGAAACAUAAUUUUUACUCUUCAAGUCUUCUUCUGAAGAGUCUGUAAGAAAGAGCAGCGUUACGUUUGUGAUCGUCAGAGCUCUGUCCUUUCGAGUGAACUGCUCCGUCUCUCAUUAGAGAGCGUGUGUGGAGGAUAAAAUUGUAACGGCCUUCAAGUGGUUACCUGGCAUUUUCGGUUUCUUAAAAUAGCCAUCCCCCCUUCACAUUAUUCCUUGUACAUGUGAUUCUAGGUUAAGUAGGCCAAUAGGAAAAUCUCGGAAGCAAAAUGACAAAUUCAGGCUAACUAUAGGAAGCCAUUUUACAUCCCUGGGAUUUGUCAUUAAAAAAAAAAAAAAUAUAUAUAUAUAUA